UUAAGAACCCUAUUUAGUAGAUACGCCCUCUUUGCAUGACUUCCUCUUGAUAUCCAAAGCAAGAGUUUUCCUUUGUUUUCUCCUGCUCACUUCAUGAUCUUUUUUAUUCUAUUGCUGCAAAAAAAUAGAUCCUGAUCGUAAUGAUUUAGUGGGAAAGAAAAUAUGUGCAUCUAAGAGGAGUUUUUUGAGAAAAAGAUAGUUAUAUAUAAAUUAAGUACAGAAAAUCUGGUGGAUAAUGGAGAUUCCGGAACUCUCUUUGGCUACAAUACAUGAUUCUGUUGUCAAUAAGAGCACCAACAGUUCAUCUUCAGAUUCUGAGAGCAACCCUUCCCGGAAGAGGAAGUUUUUCAGUGACCACGGCCUGCUGAAGACUGAAAAAUCAAUUCACACAAGUGUUGAUCUUCAACUCAAAGACCCUCUGCCAUUGGACUGGGAGCAAUGCCUUGAUCUUGAGUCAGGUAGGAUGUAUUAUCUGAACAGAAAGACAUUGAGGAAGAGUUGCAACUGGCCAAAAGAUCAAAAGCUAGACCUUGAACUCCACAUCGCAACACACUCAAAUAAUUCAUGUUCCGAACAGUACAUCAGCUCUGCUGAUGCACUCGGUGACUCCAAGAAGAGGUGCAGCCCAAGCAGUAACAUGAUGGCUUUGCCUUGUUUGAAUUGUCAUCUCCUGGUCAUACUCUCCAAAUCCUUUCCAUCUUGCCCCAACUGCAAGUACGUCCAUUUGUUCCCGUCCCAGCAGAGCCCACCAUCCAGAGCCCCCGUGGUCAAGUCCCUCAACACUUUAAGCCUCUUGAACUGACUAUUCAAGCUCUUCAGAAUGCUAAAAAACAGUGCUAAGUUGGUUUCUGAUGUUGUGCUCCAAGUAGAAAGAAAAUGUAAAUGUAUGGGAAACGUUUCCUAUAUUAAUAACUUGUUUGUCAUAGAAAUCAAGUCUCGCUCGGUUAAUCUUGGUUGGCUAGACAACAAUGAUGCAUGCACACAGCUGGCUGGAUCCUC